AUGAUGAAAAUAAGGAAACUGUGGGAUUACUCCUUUCAGCUUCCCUGGACAAUGGAAGGAGAGCCUAUCACCUCUACUUUGUUGCCACCUGGGAAUGUUCCACAAGACGCUAGCUUGACCCUGGAGCAGAAAACCACAUUUGUCUUUGUGAUCUUAUUAUUUAUUUUCUUAGGCAUCCUCAUUGUCCGAUGCUUCCGAAUUCUCUUAGACCCCUACAGGAGUAUGCCCACCUCCACCUGGGCUGACGGACUUGAUGGGCUAGAGAAAGGCCAGUUUGAUUAUGCCCUGGCUUAG